CGAUUGGCUACGAAACUAUUUCUUAAGUGUUUUGUCCAUGGUUUCGGAAACUUCGGGCAACAUUUUCGCAAGAUAGAGGCUAUUAGGUCGAAGUCAGCGAGAUAGAUGGCUUGUGUGAUUGAUACUUGCUUCAGCAAAAAUGGUGUAUAUAAGACUCGAGAUGAAUCGCAGUCUAGCAAUGAUUCUACUCUCGUCAGCACUACAACAAAAACCUUCAAUUUACAAUCCAUUUAAUUCAUAAUUCUCUUCCAUUGUCUUGAGGACAGCCCUGGUGGCAUAUUUUAACGUCAUAAUUCCUGUUUAUUAAUUCUCCAUUCUCCAAGUCGUCAAGUCGUCAAGUCGUCACGAUGCGCUACUCACUCAUUGCCACUUCUGGCCUUCUUGCCACUGUUUAUAGUCACGGUCUUGUGACAUCUAUCAAGGGAGCGAAUGGCGUGGUGAUGCCCGGACUUAGCGUUGCCGAUGGUACGCCCCGAGACUGCACCUCCAACUCUUGCGGGUCACAGGCCGAUACGGCAAUCAUCAGAGACCGUGAGAUAUCAUCGGGCAAGGCGAGUGCUCUGGGCCGGACCCAAGGCAAUGGUCCUAUCGACCCCGCUGUCAUGAUCCAGAAUUUCAUGGGAGCAGGCGCAACGGUUCCAACUAACAAUGGUUCUGGUACCGGUGUGGAAGACGACAUCCCGGCAAACGUAGCAAAGAAGAGCACUUCCUUCCCUCGAGCACUGAAGGACUUGCUUUCGGGUCUCACUGGUGGCGCUGGUGGUAAUAAAGCUAAGACCGGCGCGGGAACCAAGACCGAGACGGCUGAAGAAACCUCGGUUGCCUCUACAGCUGGUCAGGGUGCUACAUCGGGUCUCCCCACAUGUGCAGAUGACGGUUCAAUCACCAUGACAUUCCGACAGAUCAAUCAAGAUGGUGCUGGUCCGAUCGAAGCCGCCGUCGACGGAACCUCGGGUGGUCAGGACCCUGACGCGUUCAAGACCGCCGAAGUAACUCAGGAUGUUCCGGGCUCAGGAUUCCUAGGAUUAUCCACAGCCACCAAUACGGACUUUCCCUUGACUGUACAGAUGCCCGCAGGAAUGACCUGCGACGCUACUGUCGGCGAUGCUCAGAACGUCUGCAUUGUGAGAGUUCGGAACAAUGCAAUUGCAGGACCGUUUGGAGGCUCAGCGGCUUUCACCCAGUCCCCUGCUGCACGCAAGCGGGCAAUCAACUACCGCUUGAAGAAGCGUAGCAACGCUGAGCAGAACCGCCGCCUCAGAUAAAUGAUUUAGCCUAAGAGCUAUUAUGUAUGAUAGAUGAAGAUUGGAGUCGGAUAUAGGGGAGGUUUAGGAUUAUCGUCUAGGUAGAUCGUCUUGAUGAAUAUUAGUGAGGUUCUAGUGAGGUAUCAGUGAGAUUUUAGUGAAGUAUAAGUGAGGUUUUAGUGAGGCUUUAGUGAGGUAUAAGUGACGUUAAUUCAAUCGUUAGCGCUAAAGCUCGGUCUAUUCAGCUUCAGCACAAACCACCG